CUACUUCUGUUUGAAGUUGAAGGCUUGGCAAAACUAUACAUCCAGCAGGCAAGAAAUAACGUGGAAAUGUCUACAAGUAACAGUGAAAUCUGUUGCAUUGUUUUAAGACCUAACUACUUGGGGGGGGGUAGUCCCACUAAAUACUGCCUUGGCAGCUAUAAAUACAUUUUAGCCAUGAUCAAAACCUUUAGAGCAACAGUUAAAAGAUAUCUAAAACCCAAUACCUAUCUAUCUGCCACUCUUAAUUAUAUACAUUGACAUGAAAGAUAUCACUCUUCAUUAAAUGCUGUGUAAUGUUCCUUUUGCCUUUUUACAGUUAGUGCUUUAUGUGAAUCCUUUAUUAUUGUCAAGUAGCCAAUUUCCUUCCUGCUGCCUUUUACUCAGGUAAAAUUGGAAGUUCAUUCAUUAGAUGAACUGCAACAGCUCUAACUUUAAAUCUUGAAAAAUGUAUUUCUAAUUAAGAAAUUUCCAAUCAAGCAGACCUCUAAAUCUCAGGCUGUUCCCUUCCCGCCCCCAGGUCUUUAUACACAUCCUUUUGAAUCAUCAGCAGUCACUCCUACUGACUUCUUAAGAUUGUAUCAGGUAAGAAUUGUGUUUUUUAAACCCCAUUCCUCUCCCCAUCUUAGUCCCUGUUUAUUCAUAUUUUUUCAUAAGGCAUUACUUUGAUCCAGUAGCACUUUUAGAAGCGUUAUUUUUUAAAGCUCCAGGAUACAACUGGAAUUCAAUUCCAAUGUAUUUUUCCUUACUUUUUGUACUAUUUUCCCUUUCUCCUUAUUAAAAAAAAAAAGCAUAUAAACAUACAAAAUCACUUGAAGGUAGGUAGUUUCCUUUCCUACAUAGCAAUAACUUCCAUUUCUAUCUUUUAAUAACUUCUUUGGAACAGCUUACUUGGUUAAGUGGCAAUAUUGAUCCAGUAUGCAAAUUAAGAUAUGUAAUUUACAACAAUACUCAAGGUCAUGUUGUAGUUUCCUGUGAGAUUUUGUUUUGAAAAGUCAGUUUAUGUCAUUUUAAACACGCUGCUUGCCUUAGAUGCUAUUUAUUAAUACAAUUUUUGUAUUUGACAAAAGCUUUGGUUUCAAACAAUGAAGAAACGUUAAUUUCUAAAUAUUUUACCUCUACAGUUUUAUUACUUAAUUUCUCCUCCAAUACCUGAGUUGUUAUUGUGAAUGAUUUUACAGAAGAUAUAUCCCUUGACACACAAUACAUCUACUCGCCUUUGUAAAGAUGUAACAAGGUCAUUUUACAUUUUUAAACCACUAAAUAAAGUGGUUUAAAAAUGCAAAGUGAGCUUAAAUGCUACUCUUAACUCUUGCUAACUUUUCCAAUGGGAAAUCCUAGAAAACUGAAUUAAUGAAAUGCAAGUUACACUUUUUAAACUCUAAUUAUAACUGUUAUAUUAACUUGAAGGUGAAACUAAAACUGCUAAACCUGUUAACUAAGUCAAGCGAUGUACUUGUACCAUACGUGCUAUUUAACGUACCAGUGUUAAAAGUCAAAUUUCCAAUCGAAGUGCCUCCAUUCAAUCUUCUGGGAAUGUAUAAAUUAACCAUUCUGCCCCCAAGCGGUCCUCCUCCCUUCCUCCCUCCGCCCUAUUUUAAAUGUAGAUAGGGCGACUCAAGUCUUUUGAAUUUGAAGGGCUGCUAUCUCGGCCCCAUUCUUUUCAUCAUCCUGUUUUGAAUGACACUGAGCACGUAUGGAUUCUUUUAUAAAAGCACCCCCUGGAUGCAGGUCUCGGUACUCCCGGCUGCUCGCUAAUUUUGCAUUAGCAAUUAGUACUGACUUCUCAAAAUUGGCUAUCUAAAUACUGUUCGAGAAUGUUCCAUGCAGUUCCUCAAAGGUCUUAACCUCUUGCCUCUAGAUUUCAAACCCGAGGGGGGAGAACUUGCCUAACUGCUAAAUUCCCAGUUGGAGUGGUCUGGAAGAGGAUACGUAAUCCAAAACUAUACAUUAAUUCAAACCUUCCCAGCGCCUGGGCAGCAAGCAGCCAGCAUAUGCCUUCUUUUAAAGUCUAUUCUACCAAUUCACUGACCGCGCAGGGCUGGGCCACAUGGUCCUCCCUUCCAGCCAGUCAGCUGUGAGCAGCAGAUGGGAUCAUUUGCAUUUUUCUUUUUAUACUUUCUUCGACCGGCAAAUUAAAAUAUUUUUUUAAAAUUUACAUUCUCAUUGUUUGCCUUAAAUAUAAACGUGGCUUAACUGUUGGACUGGGCUUCCCUGACCCUCACACACCACACCCCUUCAAGUCCCCUGAGACUUGAGAAAAUACCCGAGGGGUAGGUUUCGUAUUUAUCAACUUGGAAUCUCCAGUCCGGGACUUAGGAGUAGAAAGAAUCAGUCUUUAUUGAGUUGGUGACUCGUGUUUUUCUAUUUUAAGCACUCGGCGCAGAUAUCCCGCGGGUUUGUCUGUGGCAUGUGGGUCUGAGCGCGCGCACUUCUGAAUCUCUAGCUCUGCAGCCUCAAACCUCAAAACUUCGGGUUACUAGUAGAAGGCAGCUUUUGAGGCUUUUACAAGAGAGGGCGGCCACCCUUAUGGGGGAGUGGCCAGAGCCAGUGUUUCCCAGCGCCGGGGUCGCUCUCCCGCGGCCCGCCAGACUCCAUGCCGGCUCCGCGGGACCGCAGGGGUCACCCGGGUCCCCGCGCCCCAUGUCUUUGUGCAGACCGCGGCGCGGGAACUCUUGCCCGGAGGGCCACGGGCACAGCCGAGAUAGCAAAAAUGCGGGAAAGCCGCGGGCACGAGGGGAGGCGCCCCGCACAGUUGCCGAUCCGCAGAGUAAAAAAAAAAAAAAAAAGUAGAAAAAGAGGCUUUUCAGGUCAAACUCCUCGGGUCUGAGAAAACACGACUUAGAGAAAUGACUCGCGGAGGGAGGACACACGGUGUGCAGGGGACGUUAGCCAGCACGGGCUGGGCUCACCGUGGGUGCACGGCCGCCGCCCCCCGCCCCGGGCAGCAGGCGCUGGCCCACGUGGAGCGGCGCGGCACCGGAUGAGCGCGCCGGGCUGCCCGGGUCCCCGGAGUGCGCGCCCCAGCUCCCCGCCGCGGCCGUUCACGCCCGAGCGCCGCCGCCGGUCCCGCGUGUGCCCCGCUGAGGGGGAGGGGCGGGCCGGGGGUGGGGGCGGAGGGGUUGUGGUUCCACUGCAGCGGGGGCUCCUGUGUCCUUGUGCGGAAAUGACACACGGAGUCCCGUCACGUCACGCGAGAGCGCAGCGCACGGACACACACAAAGAGAGGGGAAAAUACACGGCGCCCGCCCGCCGCCCCCAGCAACUCCCCGGGCCGCCCCGGCCUGGCCCUCCGCGCGCGGCCCCCACUCCCCAGCCCCGCGCUCCCCCCACCCCCCACGUGGCUCCCCAACUCGGCGCGGGCCGGCUCAGCAAAGUACAGAACUCGUGUCCCAGUGGAAUAGAAGAUGAACGCAACUGAAUUCAGUGAAGAUGUAGAAGAAGUUCUGAAAAAUAACACUGUGAAAGUGGAGACAGAAGCCGAAGAUGCUGCCCUGGACUGCUCGGUGAAUUCCAGGUCCUCCGAGAAGCACCCUCUGGACGGCGUCUUCACUGCCCUCCAGGACUCUAGCAAGAGGAAGCAGCCCAGCGGCAGCGGCGGCGGCGACGGCCCGCCCGACCCGGUUCCGAGCGUGAAGCGGCGGCGGCUGAUUCCCGAGGCGCUCCUAGCAGGCAUGCGGAACCGGGAGAACAGCUCGCCCUGCCAGGGCAACGGGGAGCAGGCGGGCAGGGGCAGGAACUCGGGCUCGGUGUGGCCGGGAGAGGAGGAGCCGGGCAAUGACGUGACCACGCCCUCCUACAAGAAGCCUCUGUACGGCAUCUCGCACAAGAUCAUGGAGAAGAAGAACCCUCCCCCUGGGGACGUGCUCAACACGUACGAGCUCUUUGAGAAGGCGAAUCCCAGCAACAGCCCCUCACCACUGCGGCUCCUGAAUGAGCCACAGAAGCGAGACUGUGGCGGUGGCGCGGCGGCCACCGACGGCGACCCCAACAUCUACUUUCUCAUCCAGAAGAUGUUCUACAUGCUCAACACGCUCUCCUCCAACAUGUCGCAGCUGCACAGCAAGGUGGACCUGCUGUCCCUGGAGGUGAGCCGCAUCAAGAAGCAGGUGAGCCCCACGGAGAUGGUGGCCAAAUUCCAGCCGCCCCCUGAGUACCAGCUCACGGCGGCCGAGCUCAAGCAGAUCGUGGACCAGAGCCUGUCAGGCGGCGACCUGGCCUGCCGCCUGCUGGUGCAGCUCUUCCCCGAGCUCUUCAGCGACGUGGACUUCUCCCGGGGCUGCAGCGCCUGCGGCUUUGCGGCCAAACGGAAGCUGGAGUCGCUGCACCUGCAGCUCAUCCGCAACUACGUGGAGGUCUACUACCCGUCGGUGAAGGACACGGCCGUGUGGCAGGCGGAGUGCCUGCCCCAGCUGAACGACUUCUUCAGCCGCUUCUGGGCCCAGCGGGAAAUGGAGGACAGCCAGCCCAGCGGCCAGGUCGCCGGCUUCUUUGAGGCUGACCAGGUGGACUCGGGCCAUUUCCUGGACAACAAAGACCAGGAGGAAGCCCUGUCCCUGGACCGGAGCAGCACCAUCGCCUCGGACCAUGUGGUGGACACACAGGACCUCACUGAGUUCCUGGAUGAAGCCUCUUCGCCGGGGGAGUUCGCCGUCUUCCUUCUCCACCGGCUCUUCCCCGAGCUCUUCGACCACCGGAAGCUGGGCGAGCAGUACAGUUGCUACGGGGACGGCGGCAGGCAGGAGCUGGACCCGCAGAGGCUGCAGAUCAUCCGCAACUACACAGAGAUCUACUUCCCCGACAUGCAGGAGGAGGAGGCCUGGCUGCAGCAGUGCGCCCAGCGCAUCAAUGAUGAGCUCGAGGGCUUGGGGCUAGAUGCGGGCAGCGAGGGCGAGGCCGCGCGGGAUGACUGCUACGACUCCUCCAGCCUGCCCGAUGACAUCUCCGUGGUCAAGGUGGAAGACAGUUUCGAGGGCGAGCGGCCUGGCCGGCGGUCCAAGAAGAUCUGGCUGGUGCCCAUCGAUUUCGACAAGCUGGAGAUCCCUCAGCCCGACUUCGAGGUGCCGGGCGCCGACUGCCUGCUCAGCAAAGAGCAGCUACGCAGCAUCUACGAGAGCAGCCUGUCCAUUGGCAACUUCGCCUCACGCCUGCUGGUGCACCUGUUCCCCGAGCUCUUCACCCACGAGAACUUGCGGAAGCAGUAUAACUGCAGCGGCUCCCUGGGCAAGAAGCAGCUGGACCCGUCUCGCAUCAAGCUCAUCCGCCACUACGUGCAGCUGCUCUACCCGCGGGCCAAGAACGACCGCGUCUGGACGCUGGAGUUCGUGGGCAAACUGGACGAGCGCUGCCGGCGCCGGGACACGGAACAGAGGCGCUCCUACCAGCAGCAGCGCAAGGUCCAUGUGCCAGGGCCCGAGUGCAGGGACCUGGCCAGCUAUGCAAUCAACCCUGAGCGGUUCCGGGAGGAAUUUGAGGGGCCCCCACUGCCCCCUGAAAGGAGCAGCAAGGACUUCUGCAAGAUCCCCCUGGACGAGCUGGUGGUGCCCUCGCCCGACUUCCCGGUGCCUUCGCCGUACCUGCUGUCAGACAAGGAGGUGCGCGAGAUCGUGCAGCAGAGCCUUUCCGUGGGCAACUUCGCCGCCCGGCUGCUCGUCAGGCUCUUCCCCGAACUCUUCACCGCCGAGAACCUGCGGCUGCAGUACAACCACUCCGGGGCCUGCAACAAGAAGCAGCUGGACCCCACGCGCCUGAGGCUUAUCCGCCACUACGUGGAGGCCGUGUACCCGGUGGAGAAGAUGGAGGAGGUGUGGCACUACGAAUGUAUCCCGAGCAUCGACGAGCGGUGCCGCCGGCCCAACAGGAAGAAAUGCGACAUCCUGAAGAAAGCCAAGAAGGUGGAAAAGUGAUGGACACCUCGGGGCACUGAGCCUUCUGCGGGAGCACACGAGGGUCCACAGCCUUGUCCACAGCCGCGCGCACCUUAUGUCGGAGGGGAGUGGCCUACUGCAUUUGCACACGUAAUCGCUCAGCCAGCUACAAGACAGAAGCCUUUCAUUUGGUCUCUUGUACUUAUGACAUUUGUCCUGUGCUCCUGGUGGCCCAGCCGGAGUCUUGGGAGGGGUGGGGGGAGAGCUGAGCCUUGAGAGCAGAGAGUCAGGGUUCCCACUCCUUGGCAGUGUCGCCCCAAACCCCUCACAAUUUGAAAUGCAAAUUGAGCAACACUCUUGUUCUGCUUCCCACAUUUUACAUCUUCCAUUUUUAUCAAUUUUUUUUAAUUAAAAAGGAAACCGUUUUUAAGAAAAUCAGUGGGCUCUAUGGAAGCCAUUUUGCUUAGAAAAAAAAUCUUUUAAAUAUUUGAAAUGAAGUACUGUAAGAUGACUUAAGUUGCUGGGAUUUUUUUUUUAAGAUGGUUUCAGAUAAUGAAAUUUUUAGAAGUGCCAUGUUCAUGCAUGAUGGCUAAUAAUAGCUUCAGGUUGCAUAGAAAUGGAUGUUACUGACCUUGUCUUUUUCAUCAGAUUUUGGAAGAGUCAAGAUGCCUCUCAGAUGGCAGUAGAGGGGAUGAAAUAGCUUGAUGUCCUUUUGUCCAUGGUCAGUCCUGCUCUCCCUCCUACUGUAGUGCCGAGGAAGGGGCUCAGGGGGUGGCCUGGCCUGUCCCACAUUGCUGCGCCGGUAGAAUGUUGUGCUCACUCUGUAGCCGAGAACACUGGAUGAUGAUGAUGAUGAUAUGAAUGUAGAUAGACGUGGUAACACGUUCACAAUGUCUUCAUUUGAACUGUGUCCUUCUACUGCCCCCUUUCCUCUCUAAACGAGGUUGCUGGUUGGAGGGGCAGACACAUUUCCUUGGAAGAGAGUGUGUGUGGAUAUUUGGCUUCUUGUUUGAUUUAAGGAUGGGUCCCUUGGGGCUCACCAAGAACUGUUUACUUUCCAUGUGUGUAAUUGUACAAAACCCGGGUUCUGGGAGCUGGAUGGUGACGCACCACACGUCAGUGUCAGCUCCUCCAGUCAGUACACAUCCUCGUUCCUCAGGGCAGGCCCAGGCCUUGGGCCCUCUUGGGGAUACCUGCUAUUGGCAGGACACAGGCCAUCUCAAAUGGGGCGCCCGUGUCCCUUCCCAGGGUCCACUCAGAGCUUUCCCCUUGCAUCCCGUAGAAGACCCUGCUGUCCUACAUCUGGCCAGUCCUUUGGCCUCGGGGUAAGACACCUCUUCUCUCCCCUCUGGGAAGGUCACACUGAUCCAGGCCAGCGGCAUGUUCUCUGGGAUUCCAACCAGGAAACUCCCCAACAGGUAAAGAAAGUCCUUAAUAGGAAAACAAUACUUUUUACCUCCCUGAUAUUGUGCCUAAGAGGGAAAGGAAACAGUCUACCCAAACUGAAUACACAUCCCACCAGAAAGCUAGAAAAUGAAUUGAUUCAGACAGGGUAGAUCUAAAACCCUUGUGAAAUAUUACAGAUUUAAUAACCUUGAUGGCCUAAUAUUUUGCUACCUUAAAAUGCAGAAAUAAUGGAAACAAUCUGUGAAUUUUCUUUAUACAGAUGAGGGCUUCAGUUCCAGUGGCUGUAUGAUGGAAUUUUGCCUGCACCCAAUGGGCAUUUUUUGUUUUUUAACAUGACAGGAUUUUGAGCAAUGUAAAGUUGCUGAUCUAACUUUAGUAAAUUUGCUUUGUCAUGGUAUUUACAGAUUAUAUCUUUUGAAACUUCGGACCUAAAUUAUUGCAGUUCAGAAAUGCACAGGGACUUCAUCGUGACCCUCUCCUACCCACCCACACAUGCACACACACAUUUCUUAGUAGAAAACUGAAGUGAGAUGAAGGGGACCGACAUGAAGAACAAGUUCAACCUCUUUGUGCCUGGAAAGGAGGAGAACUGGAGCAGCCGGAGACUCGCUUCCCCUCACCCGGGCCUUUCUCUAUGCCUUAGUCGCUCCAGCACACACCUGCAUGGCCGCUCGCGCAUGCGCGCAGGGCCGACCCAAAGAUGGCGUUGGCGCUCUCGCUCCCCGGCCCUGUGGGUGGGAGGGUGCCCGUGGAAUUUCUUCUGGUCUCUAGGAUGUAUCCAAGAGGAUUCCAAGCCAUGUGAAAACCGCCCUGCUUUCUAGAGGGUGGAAUGUGACCCUGCAACUUCAGAAGCACAAUCAUUUAAUAGUUUUUUUUUCAAAGAGCAUCCUAUCUACCCACAGUGAGACAUCAGCAGGUUCUAGGAACGGAAUGUGUUUAUAACCUAGAGCGUGUUCACUUUUUGGAAACUGCAUUUUGGUGUUUUCCUGAAUACCUUUCCCUUGUAGGGCUUUCUCCCUCCGCCCAAAUCCUAGAGUCCCUUUCAGUGAAGAGAGGUGGAUGCUCUCUGUGAGCUGUUUCUUUUCUCUCUCGACUGACUCAUCAGGAACCGCCUUCUGGUCCGGGGUCUGUCUGUGUGGUGUCCUCGGUGCUCGAGCCAUACAGGUGGGCUCCAGGAGCAGUGUUUUUGUUUUUGUUUUUGUUUUUGUUUUUACACAAAGCAAUAGAAGUAUUAAAAUGCUAUUUUUUUCCCAAAAUUUGUGUUCCAUAAAAUCUGUUGGCAAAACCCCUUCUCCUAAUUACUCUUCUCCUUCAUCUAAAGUCUUUGAUUUUUACUUGUUUGUUUAUUGGGAUCCUUCCCCGCUCAUAUCCAGAGGACUAAAGAAGUAGCACAGACACAUUCUGAUGUUAAGUAAAAAAUAGCAAGUCACAAUAGGUGGUAGUGUCCCUCUGUUAGUAAGAUUUAAAAGAAUGUAUGAAGAUAGUCAUGAAUGUACUAAGUGUUCUAAUCCUGCUUCAGUUCACUUUGGCUGUGUCUACAUGACCACACACGUUUGACAGGGAGUAAAGUUGUGUCCAGUGUCGUGGGUGUUAGUGUGCCCCUCCCCCUUCAGCGCUGGCCCCGAACCUUCCUUUCUGCUUAGGUUUGGAGGGAGGGGCACCGCGUCAGCAGCUGUCAUCAACCCGCCAAUGGGAUCUACUUAGGGGUGAAUGGAUUAACUGUUUUAAUGCUGAGUCACUGGUCUGACCACACCUCAGCGUGGCCACUCAGGUGCUUGCGGAGAUGGCCUCAGUUUCCAUCUUUCCCCACAAAUGUUUGCUUCUUGCCUGAUGGAGGAGGGUCUCGAGAGCCCUUACUGGAGGUCACUGAGCUCUUACCCUGCCUCGCUGUGUAGAUAGAUGAUACGAUGUGGGGGCGGGGAGCCCAUGGGGCUCUUACUGCCGUUUGGAGAUGUUGCCUCGAGUAGAUCCAGCCUUAAUGUUGUUCUGACAUCCUAGUGAUAGCAGACCCUGCACAAAGUGGAUAUCAGAGUUCAUACUGUGAGGAGACAAAAUAAUGAGAAUAGUUUUACCAAAGAUAAUGAAAUAUCGCAUUAUGUCUGCAUUUUACCAUUGAUUUGAGCGCGUCCUUAGAAAACUGAAUGUAACAAAAACCCAGGACAAUUUUGGAAAUUGUAUGCUCUCUAGCAACUUUGUGUGAAUUUUUAUACAAGCACUGUUUUAUGAGUUAUAUAAAAUGUUAUAAAAAUAG